CUUGGCAGAGCAGAACGCGCUAUAAGAAUUUGCCAUGAUCCCCCAUCAUUUGCUUUCCAUAGCAUGGGCCUAGACAUCGAUUACCAUCUGCUCUGCGAAGAGACGCCAUGACCGAUAAACAAUCCGCCACUCACAACGAAACAAAGACCUCGCCGCGGGACUCGCGCGACGAGACGUCCAUUGUCGCCAUGCACGCUGAACACGGCGACAAUGCUUCUGGUACUGCUCCCACAGGCACAGGCCAGCAAGUCACGCUCACAGAAGAAGAGAGUCGCCGCAUCUGCCGCAAGACAGAUAAAGUGAUUCUCGCCAUCCUUGUCUGGGUCUACUUUCUCCAGAUCCUCGACAAAUCCGUCCUUGCCUACGGUGCUACGUACGGCCUAAAGGAAGACACACACCUCAAGGGCAAUGAGUACUCGCUCGUCGGCUCCAUGGCGGCUAUUGCCCAGCUGGCCUGGCAGCCGUUUUCUUCGGUGCUCAUUGUCAAGGUGCCUCACCGGAUCCUGAUGCCCGUGCUGUGCCUGGGCUGGGGUAUUGCGCAGGCUUGCAUGGCUGGCGCACACAACUUUGGCGGGCUCAUGGCCACCCGCUUCUUCCUUGGUCUGUUUGAGGCUGGUUGCUUGCCUCUGUUCAGCAUCAUUACUAGCCAGUGGUACAGACGCGCCGAACAGCCCGUGCGCAUUGCCGCCUGGUACGGUACCAAUGGCGCUGCGACGAUUGUUGCCGCUGCGCUGUCCUAUGGCCUGGGACACAUCAAGUCUGACCUGCUCAAGGAAUGGCAAAUCAUCUUUCUCUUUGUAGGCCUCGUUACCAUCAUCUCCGCCCCUUUCGUCUACUGGAAACUCGACAACGAUAUCCCCUCCGCGCGCUUCCUCACCGAAGAGGAAAAGCCAAAAGCCAUCGAACGACUCCGCGCCAACCAGACCGGCACUGGCAGCUCCGAACUAAAAUGGGACCACGUCAAGGAAGUUUUUAUCGAGCCCAAGACAUACCUCUGGAUUGCCAUGGCACUCCUCCUAAACGUCGGUGCCAGUGUCGCCAACACCUUUGGCCCGCUCAUCAUCAACGGCCUCAACUUUGACAAGUACACUGCCAGUCUGCUCAACAUGCCCUUUGGCGCUCUCCAGCUCAUUGUCAUCUUACUGGGCAGCUACCUUGCGCAAAAGGCCAAGCUCAAAGGCGCCAUUCUCGCCGUCUUUUGCCUACCAGUCGUUGCUGGCCUUGCCAUUUUAUAUUCCGUCCCGCGCGACAAGUCUGCCCAGAGCACGCUUCUCGGUGGAUAUUAUCUGCUUGCUUUCUUGUUUGGCGGCAACCCCUUGAUUGUUACCUGGAUUGUUGGCAACACGGCGGGCACGACGAAAAAGUCUGUCAUGAUGAGCUUGUACAAUGCUGCCAGUUCUGCUGCCAAUAUCAUGGGCCCCAUUCUGUUUGACAGCAGAGAUGCGCCAGAGUAUAAGCCUGGACUGCGAGCAUGCUUGGGCAUCUUUGUCGCGCUUGUUGUAGUCAUCUUUAUCCAGUGGGCAAAUCUUUUAUUCCUCAACAAGAUGCAGGAGAAGAGACGUGUUCGAAAUGGCAAGCCCGCCAAAAUGGUGGACAGAUCGAUGCAGGACAAUUACCGCGACAUGAGAGCGUCAGACAGCGAGACGCAAGCAGAGGAUGUUGAGGGGGCUAAUACUGCUGAGACUACUGCGCAUCUUGGCGACAAGUCGUUUGCAGACGUCACUGAUGGUCAGAAUGACGAGUUUGUUUAUAUUUAUUAGAUUCAUAGCAUGAAAUGUAAUGCCUGUACGAUUAUAUACAAUAUCUUCCGCCCAACUUCGUGACGAAUGGUUUCCCGAUUUAGUUCUCAGCAACAUAGACCUUUCUUGUUACAGUUGAGCCCAGUAGGCCGCCCUGGGGUAGGUCCACGGUAAAUGUAGUGGACGUCUCGUUGUCGGCAACCUUGACGUCAGAUUGCUUCCUGUCAGCAUUCUUCAUCUUGUGGUCCUUGGUCGUAACUGUAAAUUUAGCAGUCUUGAGCUUCUGCGUAGGAUCGGCAAAGUAGAUGGACAGAGUGAACCCUUCGCCCUUCUUCUUACACUUGCCGGUGAUGAGGUAGGCCAGCGGCUGAUCGCUAGUAAUCUCGACAGUACCAGUCUCAGACCACCCGAUAUCCUUCAUGUCAAGGUUUACAGUGUCGUCACCACCGGGCCAAAAUACAAGACCAAGCUCAUCUUUGCCCAUGGCACCAGUGAUGCCCUUUUCGACAAUUGGCUGCCACGUCUUCUUCUCGUGCUCAGCUGCUAGACGGCGCUUGCUAGUCGCAGGGAAGAAGGCAUAGGUUGAGUUGGAGCCGGUGAUAGUUGUGUACGCCGAAAAGAUGUCGGUCGUGUACUUGCCAGCCUUGGAGGUUGAAAUAGCAGACCAGUUGCCGUCGCGCGGUCCCUCAGAAAUAGUAAGAUCAAACGGCGUGUCGUACGAGACAUAGCCGUUGCCGCCGUAGAAGAGAGUUGAGGCCUUGGUCUUUGUAGAAGCAGAUAACUGAGUGCGGUCACCAUCGAUGAAUGCGCCACCAGCGGCCUUGGCGCGGUUAUCCAAGACAGUAAUGACUGGUGCUGAGCCUUUGUUGACAAUAUCCGAGGUGACGACGACAACAGCAUCCUCGAAAUGGAACCAUGCCUUUCUGUAGGAGAUUCCAAUGUUGAGGGGGUCCGAGUAGUCGUGGGCGGCGACACCGAUUUUGCCAUUGCUCACUACGCCAACAAACUCCCUGGUACCGUUGUGCUUGAUGUAGUCCACUAGACCGGUAACGUUUUUCGUAGGAGGAAGAUUGUGCAGGUCCGGCUGGUUGAGAAGGGUGGUGGUACCGGGCACGAGAUUCCAGUCCCAGGCACCCAUGAUGUCCUUGUACUCGUUGCCCUCGACAUAAGAGAAAAGUGUGCCCUGGCCGAGAUGGUAACCAAGGGGGUUGGCGCCGUUGACGUUUUCCGAGUUGACUGUGCGUGUCGACACCAUCUUGUUGCCGAGGAUGAAAGUGUCCCGGCGGUGCACCAUGUAGUCGCUGGCCCAGAAGCCCUUGUUUCCCACGAGUUUGUCGGUGCCGUUGGAGCUGAGGCGGCGGAUCACAUCGCUCACGUCGUCAAGGCCGGUGAAGUCAGCAGUGGCCUUAGCUAGCUUAGUCACGUUGAAGUUGAUAUCAGAAAUGGCCUGUAGGUCCUGUGUGGGGAAGGCGACGAAUCGACCAACAGCGU